AUGACAAGCAGCCCUUUCAAAGUCAUCAUCAUUGGUGGUGGCCCUAGUGGCAUAACCGCAGCACAUGCCUUACACCAUGCAGGAAUCGAUUUCGUAGUCCUCGAGAGGCGGACCAAUAUUGUCGAGGACCUUGGCGCAAGUCUGGUGCUGGGGCCCCCAAGCAUGCGCGUCUUCCACCAAUUGGGCAUUCUCGACAAGCUCAUGGAGAUCGGUUGUCUCUUGAACGACAAUAAGGGCUUCACCAGUGAUGGAUACAAUUUUAAGGAGUCGUCUGCUUUCAAACUCUUACAAGAGCAUCACGGCUCGGUACCUCUAGCAUUCCACAGAGCGCAUUUGAUCCAGGCCCUCUACGACACCCUCCCAGACGAUGCGAAGGCGCGCUACUUCACCGGCAAGAAGCUCGCCAAUAUCGCUUCAACCGACAAAGGCGUUGCCGUGACCUGCGAAGACGGCUCGACAUACACCGGGUCCAUCGUUCUUGGAGCUGACGGCGUGCACUCCGCUACUCGCCGACAGAUGCGUCGCCUUGCCCUCGAAGAAGACCCGUCUCGGGAUUGGGACCCCGAGAAACCGUACGAGACGAACUACCGCUGCAUGUGGGCAUCUUUCCCACGUCCUACAGCCGCCGGACAGAGCUACGAGACCCAAGGAACAGACAAGUCUGUCAUGUACAUUACCGGAAAGGAAAGGGGUUGGAUUUUCUGCUACGAGAAGCUUGCCGAGCCGACAAAAGAGCGCAUCUCCUUCACCGAGAAGGAGCUCGAGGAGUACGGCGACCGAUUCGCCGAAUGGCCCGUCACCGGCACACUGAAAGUGAGGGACGUUUUCAAGGAACGAUACAACGCCGGCGGAGCAGGUCUUGAGGAAGGCAUCUGCACGCAAUGGUCGUGGGGUGGCAAGAUUGUACUUGUUGGCGAUGCCGCUCACAAAUUCACCCCCAACGCCGGAUUGGGAUUCAACAACGGCGUGCAGGACGUCGUCGCGCUGUGCAACGGCCUGCGAAAGAUGGUCUCCGAGACGGGAGGCUCGCCCAGUUACGAAACUCUCGACUCGUUCUUCCAAGAGUACCGAACGGAGAGGUUAGAGCUACUGGAGAAGGACUUGGGACAGUCUGCACGACUGACGAGAUUGCACGCGUGGGCGUCGACGUUUGACUGGUUUAUGGCAAGAUAUAUUUUGUCUUGGAGCUUCAUACAGAAGAUGCUCUUGACUUACAUCGUAUCUCCGGCGAUUCAGAAGGCGCGAGUGUUGGAUUUCAUCACGACGUCGGAGCCGUUCGAGCCGGGUUCUUUCCAGUGGUUACAUCCGCUGCUGAACAACAUGUCCAAGAACCGGGCGCUUUAA